UAAAACACUAAAGAAAUAUAUCUGUAUAAAGCGAGAGGAACUUGCAGUACAUAGCAAUCAGAACUUGAUGUUGCUGACAGAGACAUCCUUCUUGUGCAGACUGAAGUUUAAUCGCCAUGGCCAAGCCUCCGUUUAUGAUGGGUCGUUACAAAUGGCUUGUUAAGGUGCUGUCAGUGGGUGCAGAGUGUAAGGGUGAGGACCCAAAUGCAGAACCAAAGAAGCCAACUUCAACAAAACAACAAAACACCACUGCUGAUAAUGAGGCGAAAAACAACAUUCCUAAGAAGCCACGCUUCUACAUUGAAGAACACAAGGUGUUUAAUGAUCCCAUCCAUGGUCACAUGGCAUUACAUCCAGUUCUUGUCAAGAUCAUAGACACGCCUGAGUUCCAGAGACUACGAAACAUCAAGCAACUUGGGGGGAUUUAUUUUGUUUAUCCAGGAGCAUCCCACAACCGCUUUGAACACUCGAUUGGAGUGGCGCAUUUAGCUGGUGAGCUUGCAAAAGCUCUGAAGAUGAAGCAGGAGAAGCAGAUCGAGCAGUUGGAGGAGUUGAAGAAGUUGAAGCUGCUGAUGGAGUUGACGCCGGAGGAGUUGAAGUUGAAGGAGUUGAAGCAUGAUGAUUUGAGGAUGUUGAAGAAGUUGGAGAAGUUGGAUGAUAAGGAGUUGGAGGAGUUGAAAAAUUUGAAGACUGAGGAAUUUGAGAAGUUAAACAAGUUUAAGAAGUUGAGGCCAGAGGAUGUGGAGAAGUUUGAGAAGUUGAGGGAGUUUAAGCCUAAUGAGUUGGAGAAGUUGAAGGAAUCACUCAUCAGUGACCGAGAUGUCCUCUGUGUGCAGAUUGCAGGUCUUUGUCAUGACCUAGGACACGGGCCCUAUUCUCAUUUUUAUGACGGGAUGUUUAUGGAAGCAAUCAGAGACAAAAAAGGCAAAGAAUUCAAUGGGAAAUGGGAGCAUGAGGAUGCCUCUAUUGAAAUGUUUAAUCACCUAUUGGACAACACAGAUGGCCUGAAGGACAUGAUGAGGAAGUCUGGACUGAAAAUAGAAGGCGACGAUAAAACUGACCUGAAGUUCAUUGAGGAACUGAUCAGAGGACCUCCGAGGUGGCCGUAUAAAGGUCGAGAUGAGAAAAAAUCCUUUCUCUAUGAAAUUGUGUCAAACAAGGAAACCGGGAUUGAUGUUGACAAGUUUGACUACUUUGCCAGGGACUGCAAACAGCUGGGCAUUCCCAACAGCUUUGACCAUCAGCGCUUCAUCAUGUUUGCCAGGGUGUGUGAUGUGGAGGAGGAUGGGCGGAAACACAUUUGCUCUAGAGACAAGGAAAUAGAAAAUCUGUAUGACAUAUUCCACACAAGGCUGUCUAUCCACAGAAGAGCCUGCCAGCACAAGAUAAAAAUGGCUGUAGAAAUUAUGAUCAAAGAUGCCCUCUUACUAGUAGAUGACCACCCAGACUUCAAAAUUAAAAGUUCAAAAGGGAAAAUGCUUUCUCUCUCUGAAGCCAAAGAUGAUAUGGAGGCUUACAUAAAGCUGACAGAUCAUGUGAUUGAAAGAAUACUCCACCCCAAGGAAGAAAGGAAGGAAGAAGAAAAAUUGAAGGAGGCAACAAAGAUUCUACAGAGGGUCGUGAAACGGGACCUGUACCGCUGUGUGGGUCAAGCCAGGAAAAAAGAAGGAAGAGAAAAAUGGAAGGAAUUCAAGGAAAAUUUGAGAGAAGAACUGUGUAAACAGUUUCCUGAGUGUGGGAAAAAAGAUUUUGAAGUUAUUGAUGUCCCUUUUGACUAUGGGAUGAAAAGCAAGGACCCCCUCAGAAAAGCAUAUUUCUAUCGCAAGGAUAACCCAGAUAAAGGAGAACCAAUCCCCAAAUCAAAGGUGUCCAGGCUUCUCGUUGAUUGUUUUUCUGAUGAGAUGUUUCGGGUUUACUGGAAGAACCAUGAAAACCUAGAAGGGGAAGAGAGAGACGAGAAAGAAAAGGAAAUCAAAGAAGUCUUCAAGAAAUGGUGCAAGGACAAUGGCCUUGAGAUUGUAGAAGAGAGAUGAUGACCAUGACACCGACACCAGUGCUGCUGGUCAAGCAACUCCAGGAAAUGACCAGUUGAUCUGAACAUGUGAAAGAUUCAAAUAUCACGUUAUUGUGUGACUUUAGGGACUGUAGGGAUUUUUAUAUUUUUAAUAUUAAGCUGGUUUGAAUGAAUUAAUGUAGUUUGGGUAUUUUAAAUGUUAAAUUCCAUUAUUUCAUUUAAAUCUUAACUAUAUGAUUUAGUCCAGAUAUUAAAUGUUAUCAGAAUAUUAAAAAUCGAAUGACUUUUAAUCAGUUUUUUGUCAGUGAUACAAACUGAUACAAACUACUUCCUUCAACAUGUAUUAAUAUGAAAUAAGCUCUUGAUAAACUAAAAUUAAUCAUUUAUUUUACUGUUUCGACUACAUAUUGCACAUUUUCACAAGAAUCAAACUAAAUAGAUCACCUGGUUUCAAUACAUGCAGUUUUGUUCUGAAUUACUCAUUGUGUGGAAAUUCAUUAUUUAUAUCAGGUCAUCGCUAAAUUGAAUCUACAAAAGGUUUGAAUCUUUCAGCUUUUUUCUUGUUCCAAUUUGUUUCCUGCUGAUUUCUCGUAAAUUCAAAAUAAAGCUCUUUUUCUCUUGUG